CGAGUGGCGGGAGGGGUCCGGUCACGGCUUGCCGGUUGGUCCGCGGGGGCGCUGCUCGCUAUACGGCACGGCCAAUAGGCUGCGCGCUCUCGGCCACUCCCGCGCGAGCUCUCUUCUCGCGAGGCCGGUUAGGCCCGAAUGUCGUUAGCCGUGGGGAAAGAUGGCGGAAAAUUUAAAAGGCUGUAGUGUGUGUUGCAAGUCUUCUUGGAAUCAGCUACAGGACCUGUGCCGUUUGGCCAAACUCUCCUGCCCUGCCCUCGGUAUCUCCAAGAGGAACUUCUAUGACUUUGAAGUCGAGUACCUGUGCGAUUACAAGAAGAUCCGCGAACAGGAGUAUUACCUGGUAAAAUGGCGUGGGUACCCAGAGUCAGAGAGCACCUGGGAGCCACGGCAGAAUCUCAAGUGUGUGCGCAUUCUCAAGCAGUUCCAUAAGGACUUAGAACGAGAGCUGCUCCGGCGGCACCAGCGGUCAAAGCCACCCCGGCAUCUGGACCCAAGCUUGGCCAACUACCUGGUGCAAAAGGCCAAGCAGAGGCGGGCACUCCGGCGCUGGGAGCAGGAGCUCAAUGCCAAGCGCAACCACCUGGGACGCAUCACUGUGGAGAAUGAGGUGGACCUAGAUGGCCCCCCACGGGCCUUUGUAUACAUCAAUGAAUACCGUGUUGGUGAGGGCAUCACCCUCAACCAGGUGGCCGUGGGCUGCGAGUGCCAGGACUGUCUGUGGGCACCUGCUGGAGGCUGCUGCCCCGGGGCAUCGCUGCAUAAGUUUGCCUACAAUGACCAGGGCCAGGUGCGGCUGCGAGCCGGGUUGCCCAUCUAUGAGUGCAACUCCCGCUGCAGCUGCGGCUAUGACUGCCCCAACCGCGUGGUACAGAAGGGCAUCCGCUACGACCUCUGCAUUUUCCGCACAGAUGAUGGGCGUGGCUGGGGCGUCCGCACGCUGGAGAAGAUCCGCAAGAACAGCUUCGUCAUGGAGUACGUGGGAGAGAUCAUUACCUCAGAGGAGGCGGAGCGUCGGGGCCAGAUCUACGACCGCCAGGGUGCCACAUACCUCUUCGACCUGGACUACGUGGAGGACGUGUAUACCGUGGAUGCCGCCUAUUAUGGCAACAUCUCCCACUUUGUCAACCACAGUUGUGACCCCAACCUCCAGGUGUACAACGUCUUCAUAGACAACCUUGAUGAGCGCCUUCCCCGCAUCGCUUUCUUUGCCACAAGAACCAUCCGGGCAGGCGAGGAGCUCACAUUUGAUUACAAUAUGCAAGUCACCCAACUCUCCCCGCUCCUAACCCUCUUUGGCCUUCCUCAUUCCAAGCCUCUGGACACCCUGUGGCCUCCAGCCAGUCCCCUACUUGACAAACUAGCCACCUCUGAGACACUCAAGGGGGGAUCUUUGACAGGAGAGUUCAGAUGCCCUUCUGGAUGCCCAGUGGACCCCGUGGACAUGGAGAGCACCCGCAUGGACUCCAACUUUGGCCUGGCCGGGCUCCCUGGCUCCCCCAAGAAGCGGGUCCGUAUUGAAUGCAAGUGUGGGACUGAAUCCUGCCGCAAAUACCUCUUCUAGCCCUUCGAAGUCUGAGGCCAGACUGACGGUGGGGGCCUACAGCUACCCAUCCCACCCACCCACUACCCACUGCUCCCCUCCUGUUGAGGAACGACUGCCAGGGUCUCCUGCCUGUCUCCACAUGUCCCCACCUGCCCCGUGCUAGGGGGUUGUAGUGAGGACUGACUCCAGGAAUUCCCCCUCCCUGUAAUUGGUCAACACCAGGACUUUCUGCAGUUGGGAUUCAUGGCCUGUGAAGGAGGUACAAGGGGCGAGCCCCAACCCAGCCUCAGAAUAGACAGAUACUUGGUUUUGCACCUGCUUAUUUUGCCUGGAGCUUGAGGGGUUGGUCUGUUGUGGACCCUCUCCCUACUGCUCAAGAGUGGAGAAGCCACCCGAGGGCAGGCUGACCUCAGAGGCCAGACUUCCCAGCCCUCUUGGAUCCUCUGCCACAGAAAUUUUAUGCUAGGGAAAGAAAGGGGCUCUCCAGGGCUGGGGACUGAGGCUGGUUUCUGCUCAUGCUCACAUGCCAGCUGUGCAUCAGAACUAGACACCCACUGGAAGCGGUGUGGACGCCCAUGGCCCACUGGCCAAUGAAAGGAAGGCAGUCCAGACUCUAGCCCUUAUGGUGGACUGGCAUUGAGCUCUGCCUUUGGGGUGCACAGAAGGCACCUAGGGCCCCUAGGGAGGUUCUGGGAACCCUGCCCUGGGGUAUGCUGGGACUACUCAGAGCUGGAACCAAGAUCUAGCUAUGCUGUAGAUAGCACUUAGGACAAAAAUUAUUGAUGGGGUAGUGAUGAGGUGUCAGGAAGUGGGUGGAGCACCUGGUCCACGUGGAUUGUCUCAGGGAAGCCUUGAAAACUGUGGAGGUGGAUCCCAGAAAAGGGCCUAUUGGCAGAAGGCCAAGUACAGGCCAAGAAUGGGGUGUGGGGAUACCUUACCCAUGAAAUGGUGAGGUGCCAGGGAAGCCCCUGCCACCUGCCAGCUCCAGGCCUCAGACCUUUGCAUUCACCUUGGGUUCGCUGGUUAUAAAAGUGACCCACCUACAGGUGUACAGAAGGCAAAGGCUCUCAUGGCUGCCUCGCCUCUUGCUUCCCCUGUGAAGUCUCUAGGAAGCCUUCCCUGACUACCUGUGCCCAGAUUGCCCCUCCGUGAGACUGUGUGCCCUGCUACCAGAUGCCAUAUCUGUGUGGCUGUCUGUGUGUCUGUACUCCCUGCCCCCAGAAUUAACUUUCAGGCAUGAACUGAAUCUGAUUUUUCUCCUGUAAAUUCCUUGGCCCUACCCAUCCUGGGUGAGCAUCAAUAAAAUCAUGUUGACUGAAUAAA